AGGAGCUAGCAUGGACUCUCUUUCCCAUAACACACUCACAGACUUAAGUAUCUUUUCACUUUACUGAGGCAGCUCUCGACUUUCUUCCCCUUCGCUAAACUCAACCUCAAUCCUACUUAUACACUCAGCCACCGAUCAUUAAUGGCCUCCUGGACAGCAAAGCAAAACAAGAAAUUUGAAGAAGCUUUGGCUAUAUAUGAUAAGGAGACUCCCGAUCGCUGGCAUAAAAUUGCCAGGUAUGUUGGGAAAUCCAUAGAGGAAGUAAGGAGGCAGUACGAAAUCCUCGAGAAGGAUAUAAUGCAAAUAGAAAACGACGAAGUACCUUUGCCAAAUUAUAGAGCCACUGAAAGCAGUAGCAGAGGAUUUGCUAGCAAUGAGCAAAGGCUUCUAAGGAAUUUGAAGCUCCGGUAAGAACAAUGCUGAAGCUCCAUCAAGGGUGGAUCUCAACAGAAAAAUUAUGACUCCUUCAAAGUUCUCUAUACCUACAACCCAACUUUCAUAUGUAUUCCUAAUGUUGUACUGUUCAGAUGUUUCUGUUUUCUUUCUUUGUUACCUUGCAAAAAUGUAUAAUACACUGUGUGUCUGUUAUCUCAAAA